AUGGCACAUUCCCGAUUAGAUCGAUUGGUCACUUUGCUGGAGACCGGCAGUACACCUCUCAUUCGUAAUACUGCUGCGCAACAACUUGCGGAUGUGCAGAAGAACCAUCCGGACGAGCUCUUCAACCUACUGACACGUGUCGUGCCGUACCUUCGAUCACCAUCAUGGGAUACUCGGACAGCCGCCGCUAAAGCCAUUGGCGGCAUUGUCGAACAUGCCGAGAAGUAUGAUCCCGAUGCAACACUGGACACCAUCAAGGAUGACGAUACGAAUGGCUCCCUCAAAAAGGAGGAAUCGGACCUCACUUCGUCUCCAGAGCAACUUCAGCUGGCCACCUUGGACGUGGAGGCUAUCUUGACCAAUGGCAAAGAGCUUCUCGGCAGUGCUGGGAAGCAGUAUGAUUUCCAGCUGGCUGGUCUUAAUGCUGUACAACGACUAGCGCAUCAGAAGAAGACACUGACCUCUCGACUUGGACUUGGCGGCGAGUACAUUGAGGAGGAUCUGGUUACUGAGAAGGAUAUUGCAAUCCGAUCGUCAUCCUUCUCUGUGCCCUCCCUGCCAAAGCUGAGCACUGAUCUGUCACACAACGCCUCAAUGGACGCCGAGUAUGCCAUGAAGUCACCAGACGAUGUUCCACCUACGCCAUCAGGUGGUGAAAUGAGCAAGCGACAAUUGAAUAUGCUCAAGCGUCGUCGCAAGGAAGAAUUGAGACGCGACAACAAAAAGUUCAAGUACGACUUUGCUUCUCGACGCGAGAGCAUCAGUAACACAAAGACACCCCUUGACGCCGACGUCAAACCAGAGAUUAAAGCUGAGCCUGGCGAGAAUGGCAACGCUGAUUAUUUCUCACUCGACCGCAAAGGUGGCGAUGACGAAUCAAAGAUGGUGUCGGAGUUCAAGGGUGUGCCGGCUCAGGAGAAGUCAACUCUGCUUGCAGAAGAUGAGGAAGAAGGCAACGAGUGGCCAUAUGAGCGUUUGUGCGAGUUUCUUACCGUCGAUCUGUUCGAUCCGCAAUGGGAGAUACGCCACGGCGCAGCUAUGGGCUUGCGUGAGAUUGUGCGUGUGCAGGGUGCUGGUGCUGGUCGCCACGCGCACCAAACUCAAUCGGGGAAUGAUCAGCUCAAUCGUGCGUGGUUGGAUGAUCUGGCUUGUCGUAUAUGCUGCGUCUUCAUGCUGGAUCGAUUCGCCGACUAUGUCUCUGACAACGCCGUGGCGCCGAUUCGCGAGACUGCUGGUCAAGUGCUGGGUGCUCUUCUCCAACAUUUGCCGCCUGCCACAGUUCACGAUAUUAAUCGCAUACUGUACCGACUUGUCAUGCAGAAAGACCUCAAGGUCUCAAGGCGCAUAUGGCACGCAUGUCAUGGUGGCAUGAUCGGCAUGCGCUACCUUGUCGCCGUGCGCACGGAUCUGCUUUUCCAAGACCGCUCACUUCUGGACGGCGUUCUUGAAUGUGUCGUUAAAGGUCUGGGCGACAUGGACGAUGACGUGCGCUCGGUGAGUGCUGCAACACUUAUUCCUGUAGCAAAGGAGCUCGUUGAAGUGCGCUCCGACGAAUUGAGCCACCUCAUUAGUGUUGUGUGGGAAUGCCUGUCGAGUCUAAGCGACGAUCUAAGCGCAAGUACUGGGUCUGUCAUGGAUCUGCUUGCCAAGCUUUGCAGCUUUCCUGAAGUGUUGGAAGCCAUGAAGAAGAACGCAGCAGUAGAUCCUGAGCAGUCUUUCGAUGAGCUGGUACCACGCCUAUACCCCUUCCUGCGCCAUACGAUUACAUCCGUACGUUCAGCGGUCUUGCGUGCUCUACUCACCUUCAUGAGCAUUGAGGGCGCAGACACAAAAGGCUGGAUCAAGGGCAAGGCGCUCCGCCUCGUGUAUCAGAAUCUACUCGUGGAGCGCAAUGAAGGCGUCAGUAAACUCUCGCUCGAAGUCUGGAACGCGCUUUCGGAUGACUUGGCGGCCAGGAGUCCAACAGCAUUCAUGCAAGAGUUCGAUCCGCAUGCUUCGUCACUCAUAAGCUUGACAAUACAUCCGAUCGGUGUUAGUCGGAACCCCAUACCGAUGGACGCGACUUUGUUCAUAAAACCUUCCGGUCAAGCAUAUGCGCCUUUGGCGUCAGCCCAUCACCCCUCCGAGACGAAUGGUUCAGAGCCGGCGAAGAAGCGGCGAAAAGCCGAGAAGAAGGAUACCACUCCAGUGAUGCCAACCCCAACAUCGCACAAUAUCGACGCAGCCAUAAUGCAAGGUGAUGUCGACCUUGUUGGUACAGAAGUCAUGGUCAAGACCCGUAUUGCCGCUACCCGAGCAUUGGGCAAGGCUAUAUCACUGUCGUCACCAGAGGAGCAGACGGGAUUCUAUGAUCCGAGAUUGCUGCCUGGUCUGCGAUCGUCUUUUGCCUCCACACAGAUCUUCACCGCGAUGGCAUUGGAAGGGUUUGCUUCCGUCACACAGAUCUCGACCGGCCUAUCGACAGCUGCGACUACUGAGCUGCGCGCUCUUGUUGAGGACGACAGACCAUCUUCAUACACGGACCUCACCAACUAUCUACGGAUCGUCCGAGCGCAAUGCCAGCAGCUUCUUAACGCUUUCCAAGAAGCUGCACAUGUACCACCAGCCAAGCUUCCGAUCAUGGCAGUCGUGUGUCAAGGAGAGCCAGACGCCGGCAAGAAUGCUUUCUCACUCGCUGAUGCCGAGAAGAUCCUCACCCACGACUUUGAGAGGUUGCGCAAGAAUUUAUCGACGAUACAGAGGAUGUCUUCAGCAGAGGCACUAGACGCCGCAAAGACAGACGCCGAUACUGCUUUAGCAACCGCGAAAGAGGCCAAGUCGCGGGCAGAUCUACGCAUCAGAGCUUCUGCUGCUUCCGCACUUGUUGCUUUGCGCGUGGUGCCCAAGAAGCCUCAAUUCACGAUCAAAGGCAUCAUGGACAGCAUCAAGGAAGAAGACAACUUCGACCUUCAACACAGGUCUGCGACGGCCGCAAGCAGAUUGAUAGCUCAACUCGUUGAGAGCGGUAGGCACAAGAUCGUGGAGAAGGUCGUCGGCAACCUUGUCAAAUUCUGCUGCAUGGAGACUGGUGAGACGCCGGAGUUCUAUCCUAAUGCUAGCAGAGAGGCAGGUAUCCUGUCCCUGCAGAAGGAUGAGGAUAUCCAGGAUCGACCUGACCCAGCGAAGUAUGAGCGAGAGGCGAGGCAGGCUCGUGUCACCAGACGUGGUGCCAAGGAUGCUCUGGAGCAACUGUGCAUCACCUUUGGGCCUGACGUGUUCGUGAAGGUGCCGAAGCUUCGAGAUGUCAUUGAGGGGCCGAUACGCCAGUGCUUUACUGGUGACCUGCCAACGGAUAUACUGGAGCCCGAGAAUCCUUUCGGCCAGGAGGUUGUUGAUGCGCUAUCAACGCUGCGGGCCCUGAUCGCUACUCUCGAUCUUGCACUGCAUACAUGGGUUCUGGACUUGCUACCUUUCGUCGCCACCGCACUGCAAAGCAAGCUCUCCGUUCUACGCUACACAGCUGCCAAGUGCUUCGCCAGCGUGUGUAGCACCAUCACUGUUCAAGGCUACACCAUGCUGGUCGAGAAGGUGCUGCCGUCUAUCAACAACGCACACGAUGUUGUGCAGCGACAGGGUGCCAUCGAGUGCAUCUAUCAUCUCAUUCAAGUCAUGGGUGACGGUAUCCUGCCAUACGUAAUCUUCCUUCUCGUACCAGUCCUGGGUCGCAUGAGCGACUCAGACAGCGGCGUCAGGCUGAUUGCGACCACUGCUUUUGCUACUUUGGUCAAGCUCGUGCCCUUGGAAGCAGGUAUUCCCGACCCGCCAGGCUUGCCGCAGAGUCUCCUUGAAGGCCGCGAGCGCGAGCGGAAGUUCAUCUCCCAAAUGCUGGAUCCGAAGAAGGUCGAGUCUUUCACCAUUCCUGUAGCUAUCAAGGCUGAGCUGCGCUCGUACCAGCAGGAUGGCGUCAACUGGCUGGCUUUCCUCAACCGCUACCACUUGCAUGGCGUCCUAUGCGAUGACAUGGGUCUAGGCAAGACUCUACAGACGCUUUGUAUGGUUGCCAGCGAUCAUCACCUCCGCGCCGAAGAGUUUGCGAAGACUGGUGCCGAAGACGUCCGCAAGCUGCCGUCGCUUAUCAUUUGUCCUCCGACAUUGACUGGUCACUGGAAGCAGGAGAUACGGACAUAUGCUCCGUUCUUGAACGCUGUCGCCUACGCUGGGCCACCUGGAGAGCGAGGUAAGGUUCGUUCGCAGCUGGCUACUGCUGACGUGGUCAUUACGUCUUACGAUAUUUCUCGGAACGACGUUGACAUACUCUCACCUAUCAAUUGGAACUAUCUCGUGCUUGAUGAGGGCCAUUUGAUCAAGAAUCCGAAAGCCAAGGUCACGAUUGCAGUGAAGCGUCUUCCAAGCAACCAUCGUCUGAUACUGUCGGGCACGCCUAUUCAGAACAAUGUCCUUGAGCUUUGGUCAUUGUUCGACUUCCUCAUGCCGGGCUUCUUAGGCACAGAGAAGGUCUUUCAGGAUCGCUUUGCCAAGCCCAUUGCUGCCAGCAGAUUCGCCAAGUCGUCCUCCAAAGAGCAGGAGGCUGGUGCUCUGGCCAUUGAGUCUUUGCACAAGCAAGUCCUGCCAUUUCUGCUUCGUCGCCUCAAGGAGGAAGUGCUUAAUGAUCUGCCUCCGAAGAUCUUGCAGAACUACUACUGUGAUCUUAGCGAUCUGCAGAAGCGGCUUUUCGAAGACUUCACGCGCAAAGAGUCACGAUCGCUGCAGGAGAUGGCUGGUAGUGGUGACAAGGAGGCCAAACAGCAUAUCUUCCAAGCCUUGCAAUACAUGCGUAAGCUAUGCAAUUCGCCAGCCAUGGUCAUGAAGGAAGGCCACAAGCAGUACGCAGCCACACAGGCGCUGCUAGCCAAGGACGGCUCGAGCUUGAAAGACCCGAAACAUGCUCCCAAGCUCACUGCCCUACGCGAUCUGCUGGUCGAUUGCGGCAUUGGUGUUGAGACGGCAGACUCAGCCAUCCCGUCCGCCGAAGAAGCCGUAUCUCAACACCGUGCACUCAUCUUCUGUCAGAUGAAAGAGAUGCUGGACAUGGUCGAGUCGACCGUGUUCAAGAAGCUCCUCCCAUCGGCAACGUUCGCGCGCCUGGAUGGCUCCGUGGAAGCAUCGAAGCGACAGGACAUUGUCAACCGCUUCAAUUCCGACCCGUCGAUAGACUGUUUGCUCCUCACGACCAGCGUCGGCGGUCUUGGCCUCAACCUUACAGGUGCAGAUACCGUCAUCUUCGUCGAACACGACUGGAAUCCGUCCAAAGACCUCCAAGCCAUGGAUCGCGCCCAUCGAAUCGGACAGAAGAAGGUCGUCAAUGUCUACCGUCUCGUCACACGCGGCACGCUCGAAGAGAAGAUCCUGUCUCUCCAGCGCUUCAAGAUCGACGUUGCGAGUACAGUUGUCAACCAGCAGAACGCUGGACUCGGCACCAUGGAAACGGACCAGAUCCUGGAUCUGUUCAAUCUAGGGGAGACUGACCCGAAUCUCGCAAUCCCUGAUGGCAAAGGCGAGGGCGAGACGGUGGAUGAGAGUAAUGCUGUUGAUGCUGAGGGCAAUGUGAAGGAGAAGGGGAAGAAGGGCAUCUUGGACGAGUUGAGUGAGCUUUGGGAUGAGAAACAGUACGAGGAGGAGUUCAACCUCGAUGGCUUCUUGAAGAGUAUGAAGGCUUGA